CAAAUUCCUGUUCCAGAACGCUUGUCUUMGUUGUGCGGGGCAAAGCAUCUUAGACUGAGUUUUUUUGAAAGUGGAAUCGCGCGAUCCCAAGGUUUUUAGCCUGUUUGCAGGACAAGCUAAGUCAUGGAGCUGGUACAGUUUUUCGGGUUGAUUAUCCUAUUGUUCUCCGGUGUGGUUCAUUCGUGGGGUCGUAAUAGUUACAGAGGAGGAACCAUCUCUUACUGGCCAAGUACAUACCAUGCGAACUGGGUCGAGUUCAGAUACCGAUUGGCGUUUGACUUGAGCUAUGUUUACUGUUACGCUGGAAAUAUCGGACAUCCUGUUACAUGGACCUACUUGCACUCUUGGCCUUGGUCUGUGACAAAAUUUACCUAUUAUGGUUCUUCUUAUGAUGGAAAUUACGGCAAUCACAGCAGAAGUUGGUUUUUAUGCAGCAGUUACAACAGUGAAGAAGGCUGGAGCGAGGGAAACGGCUCGUUUGCUUAUCAAACCGACGACGACAUAAAGUUGAUAGCUAAAACCUAUAACUAUGGAUACUGGAUACGUAAUGUCUCUAGAGUUGAUGGUUACGGAAGCAUGCUACUGAGUGCGACGGUCAACGCAUCUGCCAUUGGUCUCUUUAACAACUCUUCGCCAGUCUCCAGUCUUCCACUAACGGUCUACGUAGAUCUAGGUAGCCCAUCAGUCAUUAAAAUACCUGUUGAAGAUCCUGAUGGUGACAUAGUGCGUUGUCGUUAUGCAAGCUACCAGGAAUGUUACAGAGGAAUGUGUACUUACUUUCCUUAUGGAGUACUAGACGAGGUAAGCAACCAGGAAUGUUACAGAGGAAUGUGUACUUACUUUCCUUAUGGAGUACUAGACGAAGGGAAUUGUACUCUCAGUUAUAAUGGCACUGGUUAUGUAAAUCAACUCCUGCCAAUCAUCUUGAAGCUUGAGGAUUAUCCUUCAGGGACGACGCAGUUUGAUUCGUCUAACGUUUUGGGUUCAGUGGAUCUGCAAUUUGUAGUACACAUCAAAAAUGCUACUGCAGUUCGCAUUCAAGGGGGAGGGUCCUCUGGUCGAUUACAAGUUCUUCAUAAUGGAGUAUGGGGUACAGUGUGUGAUGAUGGCUGGUCCAUGACCAACACCCACGUGGUUUGUCGUCAGCUUGGCUUUGAUGGUGCCCUUUCUUAUCAUAACAGUGGAGGAGGAACAGGACAGAUAUGGCUUGAUGAUGUACGAUGUUCUGGCAACGAGAGUGCUAUUCAACAGUGUAGACAUCGUGGAUGGGGUUUUCACAACUGUGGUCAUGGUGAAGACGUCUUUGUAACCUGCUAUCGUGAUGUAUCAGCAACAACAGUAGCACCAACAACAGCAUCAAUAGGAGUAGUAAACACAACAGUAACACCUGCAUUAUCAGUGCGCAUUCAAGGAGGGGGGUUCUCUGGUCUAUUACAAGUUCUUCAUAAUGGAGUAUGGGGUACAGUGUGUGAUGAUAUCUGGUCCAUGACCAACACCCACGUGGUUUGCCGCCAGCUUGGCUUUGCUGGUGCAAUUUCUUAUCAGACCAGUGGAGGAGGAACAGGACAGAUAUGGCUUGAUGAUGUACAAUGUUCUGGCAACGAGAGUGCUAUUCAACAGUGUAGACAUAAUGGGUGGGGAAGGCACGACUGUAGUCAUAGUGAAGACGUCUUUGUAACCUGCUAUCGUGAUGAAUGCAGCAACUACGCUGUGCUCCACGCAUCGGACCGUGCACAAGGAUACCGGGGAAUAAAGAACAAAUGUGACAGGUAUAUCACUCCAGCAUGGUACCGCUUCAUGGGUGAUGCAGGCACUGCCAUAGCAACAUCUUGUGUCCCUGUACGUCACUGUGGUACUGCUGCUCCAGGAUGGAUGACUGGUUCUCAUCCUACCCAAGCAGACGGUGUCGUGACUCGUACGGUGUGCUUUAACUGGAAUACCACCUGCUGUUCGCGUUCAAAAUCUAUUCGUGUUAAAAACUGUGGAGAAUUCUACGUGUACUAUCUUCGUGGACAUAGAGAUUGUAACCUGCGUUACUGUGGUAACAAUACCGAAAGCAACAAUACCUGUGUCAGUAGUCCUUGUCGUAAUGGAGCCACUUGUACCGAUACAGAUUAUGGCUACAACUGUACCUGUCCUUAUGGAUACACUGGUAGACACUGUGAAACCGUUGCAGUUGCCAAGGCAACCAACUGCUGGCACACAGCUGUUAGCAUUCAUUACACAGUUGGACCAUCUACCAUCACAGUUACACAAAGCGAUGCUAACAGUAUCAUGACCGAGGUACUGAAUCAUGGUGCCAGUCAACUCUUGUGCUCAGGUCUAACACUCAAGUUACUCAAGGUUACCAUAGCAUCCCCAGCCAAUCGUUACGUCAUUACAGGAAGCUUUGGGGUCAUGUAUGGUGAAAUGAAUUUGACUCAGAAACAGACUGCUUCGUCCUGUCUUGGGAAUGCUGCGAUAUUCAUGGCUAUAAUCCUCAGGCCUGACUAUUAUACUAGUCCCUUGAAAGGAGCAUAUUGGGCAGAUCGUGCCUCGUUAACAAAUUACAAGGACAGUACUUGCUGUAGAGAUGGGUUGGUCUCGUUUAACGAAACAUGUGAUACUUUUUUUGAAUGCAAAAACUACACCGUGCUGAGCUCAUCAGACCGAGCCGCAAACUAUUAUGGAUCAAGCUACUAUUGUGAUAGGAACGACAUCACCCCUGGAUGGUAUCGCUUCAUGGGAGAUGCUGGGACUACCAUAGCAACAUCGUGUGUUGAUAGAUACCACUGCGGAACUUAUGGUCCAGGUUGGAUGCAAGGUUCUCAUCCCACCCAAGCAGAGGGUAUCGUGACUCGUACGGUAUGCUAUCACUACCACUCCUGGGAUAGUAACUGCUGUUUCCGGAACAACACUAUUCGUGUCAAAAAUUGUGGAGGGUUCUACGUGUACGAGCUUGUCAAACCACCAGGCUGUAGCUAUCGCUACUGUGGCAACGGAAAUGUAACAGAUGGCAAUAAUACUUGCGCAAGUAGUCCUUGUCGUAACGGAGGAACUUGUUACAAUCGUUAUAAUGGAGGAUAUUCCUGUUCCUGUCCUUAUGGGUACACCGGUAGUCAAUGUGAAACAAGCAUUAACUCGUGUAGCAGUAACCCUUGUCGUAACAGAGGUACUUGUCAGGCUGGUGUUGGCUGGUACAGAUGUUCGUGUCCUUCUAGAUACACUGGACAACAAUGUCAGACUUACAUGGCGUGUACUAGUGGUCCUUGUCGUAACGGAGGUACUUGUCACAAUCGUUAUUAUGGAGGAUAUUCCUGUUCCUGUCCCAAUGGCUACACUGGUAGACAAUGCCAAACAGGCAUUAACUCGUGUAACAGUAACCCUUGUAGUAACAGAGCGACUUGUCAGGGUGGUGUUGGCUGGUACAGAUGUUCCUGUCCUUCUGGAUACACUGGACAACAAUGUCAGACUUACAUGUACCCGUGUAACAGUGGCCCUUGUCGUAAUGGAGGCACUUGUUACAAUCGUUAUUAUGGAGGAUAUUCCUGUUCCUGUCCUAAUGGCUACACCGGUAGACAAUGCCAAACAGGUAUAUUACCCUUAUGGUCACUAUGGUAGACAUAAAGAUUAUAU